UGUCCUGGUGUUGGCAGAGAAGCUGGCCAUGUCCUUGGCACAGGGCCUCCCAGAUCCUUCCACCAGCCCUGGGUGACUUAGGACACCYAACACCGUCAGCACAUCGUGCACGUAGUCGUUACACAGUGUUGCUCAGCGGAAGCCCACAAGGAGUAGGAAGCCCAUUCGCAUUCAGUGCAGACAAGUUUUUUUCCCACCAAAUAUUUUCAGCCAGUGGUUGGUUCAGGCUGUGGAUUGGAACCCCCCGGGCAUGGAGUCYGUGCAUGUGGACGUGUGGCUGUUGGAGACCUGCAAUAAGUAGGGCGACGAAUGAAUGGAGAGGGAAUGUGAGCCUCUUGCAGCCGGUGGUGCGCGUCACGACUGAAGUCAGGCCGUGCCAAGGCCCUUUGCCCWACUGUCCAGCCACGUCGCUUGGAGCCGGUAUUGGACCAAUGCCCUAUGAUCUCCGCGUCCUCCCCUGCUCCACCUGCCGGACUUGGACUUCAGCCCUGACCUCCGGAGGGUGCGCCUCCCUCCCACCGGCAAGAUGCCCAUCCUCAAGCAACUGGUGUCCAGCUCCAUGCACUCCAAGCGCCGCUCCCGCCUGGACCUCACAGCUGAGAUGAUCAGCGCUCCGCUGGGUGACUUCCGUCACACCAUGCACGUGGGCCGGGCUGGGGACGCCUUUGGGGACACGUCCUUCCUCAACAGCAAGAAAGGUGAGCCCGACGGAGAGUCUCUGGAUGAACAGGCCUCCACGUCAUCUUCCAAACGCAGCCUCCUGUCCCGGAAGUUCCGGGGCAGCAAGCGGUCUCAGUCGGUGACCCGGGGGGACCGGGAGCAGAGAGACAUGCUGGGCUCCCUGCGCGAGUCGGCACUCUUUGUCAAGAAUGCCAUGUCCCUGCCCCAGCUCAACGAGAAGGAUGCUGCGGAGAAGGGCUCCAGCAAGCUGCCCAAGAGCCUGUCGUCCAGCCCCGUGAAGAAGCUGGGUGCCGGAGAGGGCAGCGGGGAGGAGGCGGGCGCGGGGGACCUGGGUCCCCGGCGGAACGGGGCAGUGGCUCCCUACCCCCCUGACCCCCUGCUGGAUGAGCAGGCCUUCGGGGACCUGACGGAUCUGCCCGUGGUGCCCAAGGCCAGCUACGGGCUGAAGCACGCCGAGUCCAUCCUGUCCUUCCACAUCGACCUGGGGCCCUCCAUGCUGGGCGACGUCCUCAGCAUCAUGGACAAAGAGGAGUGGGACCCGGAGGAGGACGGGGGCGGCUACCGUGAAGAAGAAGGCCUCGGGGGCAGCGCCCAGGGCCCCCCGGUGGCCGAGGCGGCCCCUCCCCUGGUGAGGCAGGACGGCAAGGGCGGCCCAGACUUGGCCCCGCUGCCCUCCCACGCUCUGGAGGACGAGGGGUGGGCGGCGGCUGCCCCCAGCCCCAGCUCGGCCCGCAGCGUGGGCAGCCACACCACGAGGGACAGCAGCUCCCUCUCCAGCUGCACGUCGGGUGUCCUGGAGGAGCGCAGCCCGGCCAUCAGGGGCCCAGACAGGGCCCGGGUCACCCUCCCCAGGCAGCCCGACAAGGAGCUGUCCUUCAUGGACGAGGAGGAGGAGGAGGACGAGAUCCGAGUGUGAGCCUGUGGGCAGGUCGCCGCUCCUGGGAGCUCUGGGGCUGCGUGUUUCUCUCUGCCCCCUCCCCACUGUGACCUUUGUGUGACCUUUGACCUUACCAUGCGGGGGGGGGGGCACCCAGAGCCUCCCUGGACCUCGCGGAUGAGGGGCACCGGCCGAGCCCUCCAGGACUUGGGGCCCGAGGAGGCCCAGGGCCCACAGGAGGGGCUUGCCUGGCUUUGCGUCGCGACCCGCAGCUGCAGAGGCCCGCUGUGUUCUUGUAGCAGGAGUCGUUUUUCCUCUCGCCUCCCUCUCCUCCAGCCUGGCCUCACAUGGAUGCCAGAUGUCAACCUGAGUUCCUGCCACGCGCAGCCACGCGGGUCACCAGAGGCAGCCUCUGCUCCAGGGCCAAGGACACUGGACGCCCCUUCCUCUCAAUGGGGCCUCGUGCAGCAGGAGGAAGGGGGCGCUCACAAGUCCCUCCCCUGACUCCUGCCCCGGAAGCCUGGAGCCCCUGGGAGCAGGCUGGAGCAGGACAGCCAGCUGGACACUGAGCACAGCCCCUUCCUGGGAGCGGGGGCAGGGGUGGGGGGCGCAGAAGGAGAGCCCCAGGAUGACACUAGGAACAGGGCUGGGGCCGAGCCCUUUGGUUGUAUUUGUCCUUUGUUAUUAUCAUGUUCAGAUCCCAUAGAGAGCAACAUCAGGAACUGUCCCUAGGCUGCCACCAGAAGGAAAAUGCAAUCUUUUUUAGAAAACCUUUUUACUCCUUCUUCUGGAAAUUCAGGGGCCGUCAGCACACUCAACGUCUGGGGCCGGUCCUGUGGCAAAGAACCCAGCCCGACUCCAGCGAUAGGGGGUAGGAGUGGCUCUUGUUCCUGCCCCUGCCCCAUGUAGGAAAGUUCUGGAAAAUGAUUGUUAAAGAAAAAAAUAACACAUCCUUGAGGGGGAGCUGUGUCCCUGCAGCUGCCCGGGGCCCCCCCCAGGGUUCUUCCCCUUCCUGCCUCAGGCUCCUCCCCCACUGCCAGGCCAGGAGGUUGCCAGAUUUAGCAAAAGCAAAACACAAACCAGAAGGCUGGGUUCAUUUGAGUUUCAGGUAAACAAAGACUUGGUUUUGAGUACCAGUGUCCCCCUGUAACAUCUGGAACAUUCUUACACUGAACAGUCCUGUGCUGUCUUUCUGAAGCUCAGAUUCUCACUCUGCCUCCCUCAGUCUUCCCCAGAAGACCGAGGAGAAGCCUGAGAAGGAGCCCCAGGGGGGACAGCCGGUUAUUUUUCUGUCCUGGGAACAGGCUGACCCACUGCCUGGUCUCUGGCCCGCAGGAGGGGGGAAGAGCG